UUCUUUUGUAUCUCAUGGUGUUUGUCACAGGUAUUUCACAGCUUAAGAAAAUAGAAAUAUUAUCUUAAGUUUGUCCAUUUUGCAACCAUUACACUUUUUAAGAUCAGCAAUUUGCCUAGAGAGUUUUCUUAGAGUUUCACUCGCACUAAAGGCCGUAUCAAGCAACAGGUAAAACAGGUUUUAGAUUGGCCAGUUCAAUCCGCAACCGGAGAAGGAACUGACGCGAUUUAUUCAACCUGUCGCGCUUUCACGGAGGCAGAAAAAUGGCACCGGGAGAUCGGAGGAUGUUUAAGCAAAGGCUUUGCGCUAUUUCAUUGACCUUUCUUAUAGCAUUUGGCGGAAUGACCAUUUUUGUAUUCACGGCGGUUUAUAGAAGUUCAGAACAAGACAUGAAUUUAUACAGGAGAGCCGCCAGCUACUUCACAGAUAAAAUAGAGGAGAUUCAUCAUAAGUUUUCCUCGGCUGGCCAAGGAAAAUUUGAGCGCAACGGACGUUCUGUUGUCUCAAAUGAUGACUUUCCUCACAAAGACAUACGGCUUCCAAAAGAUGUGGUCCCCACAAAGUACACACUGACUAUGCAUCCGGUACUGUCUGGAAAGUUCGACUUUACUGGAAAGGCCGCCAUUGAUAUCAAAGUCGUGAAAAACACUAAGUACAUUGUUCUUCAUUCAAAAAAGCUAAAAAUCAAGUCGUAUCGAUUAGUUAACGACAAAAAGGAAAACGUGAAGAUUGCGCGGAUGCUUCUCAACGAGAAACUCGAGCAGUUAUUGUUGGAGCCCAAGCAGGGAUUAGUCAAAGGUCAAAAGUUCACGAUCAAGUUGGAGUUCAGUGGGGAGCUAUCGAAUAAGAUGGCAGGAUUUUACAAGAGCUCAUACAAGACGAGGAACGGAGAAGUUAGGAACUUGGCCACAACACAGUUCGAGUCCACGGAUGCGCGCGCAGCAUUCCCAUGCUUUGACGAACCCGAAUUCAAAGCGGUGUUUGUGAUCAGCAUGAUUCACGAGAAAGGCAUGCGCGCUAUAUCCAAUAUGCCUCAGAGCAAACGCGUCCAGAUGGAUGACGGGAACGUGCUCACGAGAUUCAAACAAAGCGUGAAGAUGAGCACGUAUCUUGUGGCGUUCAUCGUGUCCGACUUUGAGUCCACGGAAGCCGAGACACCUAAUGGCACAAAGGUCCGCGUCUGGGCGCAGAAAGAAGCUUUGGACUCUACAAAACUCGCGUUGAGCGUGGCUAAGAACGUUUUGUCAUACUACGAAAAGUUCUUCAAUAUUCCUUAUCCUCUACCUAAAAUCGACCUUGUUGCAGUGCCCGACUUCGCGGCAGGCGCUAUGGAGAACUGGGGUCUAAUGACGUUCAGGGAACAUUACUUGCUUAGCAACCCGCUAUCAGCGAGUGCCGCUGACAAGCAAGAUGUGGCGAUCGUGGUCUCACACGAGCUUGCUCAUCAGUGGUUUGGAAAUCUCGUUACCAUGAAAUGGUGGAACGACUUGUGGCUGAAUGAGGGAUUUGCCAACUACGUGGAAUACAUGGGGACGGAUCACUUCGCAAAGGACUGGAAAGUGCUCGACCAAUUCGUGUCUGAGACUCACCAAGUCGCCCUUCAAGUAGACAGUAUGGCCAACACCCACCCAAUCUCAGUACCUGUCACAAACCCAAGUCAGAUCACAGAGAUAUUCGACGCUAUCUCAUACAAUAAGGGUUCAUCUGUGAUUCGCAUGUUGAGAAACUUCUUAGGAGAUAAGGCAUUCCAGAAAGGUCUUGAGCACUAUCUGAAAAAGCACGCAUACGGGAACGCUGAAGCAGAUGACUUGUGGCAGGCCUUGAGCACGGUCAGUCAAGGGCUUGACGUCAAGGCUAUCAUGGACACGUGGAUUACACAGAAGGGGUACCCUGUGGUUACUAUUCGCGAAAACCGGGCCGCUAAGCGUAAUGGCGUAACCGGUCAGCGGUUAGCAGAUCAGCAGCGUUUCAUGAGGGAUCUAAACCCAAAUCAAUUUGAAUAUAAAGACGAGGCAAAAGGAUUGAACUGGUACGUACCGCUGACCUAUGUGACUUCAGAUGCGCCGAGGAAACCUACAACAGUAUGGAUGAACAAAACUGCAGCUGCUCUCCCCGUGACUGGUGCAAAGUGGAUCAAAGCCAACGUCGAGCAGAAGGGCUAUUAUCGCGUGAACUAUGACGAGGAGAACUGGAAACAACUCAUCAAACAGCUCAACUCUGACCACAAGGUGUUCCAUCAGACGGAUAGAAGUGGUCUGAUCGACGACUCUUUCGCCCUUGCCAGGUCAGGCCUAUUAAAGCUCACCACCGCCCUCGACCUGACGUCAUACUUACACAAUGAGCGCGAUUAUAUCCCAUGGUCGAGUGCGCUCGGAAACCUCGGCUUCAUCGGCUCAAUGCUCAGCCUCACUCCCGCGUACGGCGAUUACAACAAAUACAUUGUUGAGAAAGUGAAGCCGAUCGAGAAGUACUUGGGUUGGGAGGACAAGGGAACAAUCCUGGACAGGUACCUGCGCAGUAGCGUGCUGUCUACUCUUGGUUCCCAUGGAGACGAGGAAGUUGUCAAUGUCGCGUUAGCCGGAUUCCGGAAGUGGAUGCAAAACGAAAGCAUGACGGUUAGCCCUCACCUGAGGGGCAUGGUGUACCACACAGCCGUCAAAUACGGAGGCGAAAAAGAGUGGGAUUUCCUGUGGGGGCGCUACCAGAACUCCAUAGACCCCACGGAGAAAUCACGCAUUAUGUACGCGCUCACGGGUACACGAGAUGUCUGGCUGCUUGGACGCCUACUGGAUUACACAUUGGAUGAAUCCAAGAUUCGUACCCAGGACAUGACAUCCGUGCUGGCACAGGUAUCCGGCCACCCGAACGGCAAGCUUUUGGCUUGGGACCACUUUAGGAUGAACUUCGACAAAAUUAUUAGAAGGACUGGUAAAGACGCUAUGGAACUCGGCUACAUGAUCUCAGGGACCACGCGAUCCUUCAACCAUGAGUUCCAUCUCAACGAGCUUAAGCAAUUCAUAAAAGACCAUGACGAGAUCCUUGGGUCCCUACGAGCGAGCAAGAAGGCGAUCGAAACGAUUCAGUCUAAUAUCAAUUGGAUGAAAGCACAUGGAAAAGAAGUGACGAAAUGGCUGCAGAAACAGACCACCAAGCGAGAGCGCAGAGCAGUUCAACACUACAGACACGUGGCAUUCUAGCGUAUACGAACCCGUUAUAUCGUUAUAGCGGACAUGAAAGGGGCCAUAUAAUAUACUCUGUUAUGACUUGGGUCAGUUGACCCCCAUUAUUACGGGCACGCAAGGGACAAGGAAAUGAAAUCUGCUAUUAUUGGGUUCAGUAGAGCCCCGCUAUAACGGGCAAGGAAGAGAGAUGGGAAUGUGUUUUGUUAUGACGGGAAUCAGUUCACCGCCCCGUUUUAACGGGCACGCUAGGGACAAGGGAAUGUUUUCUGUUAUGACCGGGUGCAGUAGAACCUCGCUAUAACGGGCACGCUAGGGACAAGGGAAUGUUUUCUGUUAUUUACGGGUGCAGUAGAACCCCGCUAUAACGGGCACGCUAGGGACAAGGGAAUGUUUUCUGUUAUGACCGGGUGCAGUAGAACCCCGCUAUGACGGGCACGCUAGGCACAAGGGAAUGUUUUCUGUUAUGACCGGGUGCAGUAGAACCCCGCUAUAACGGGCACGCUAGGGACAAGGGAAUGUUUUCUGUUAUGACCGGGUGCAGUAGAACCCCGCUAUAACGGGCACGCUAGGGACAAGGGAAUGUUUUCUGUUAUGACCGGGUGCAGUAGAACCUCGCUAUAACGGGCACGCUAGGGACAAGGGAAUGUUUUCUGUUAUGACCGGGUGCAGUAGAACCUCGCUACAACGGGCAAGCUAGGGACAAGGGAAUGUUUUCUGUUAUGACCGGGUGCAGUAGAACCCCGCUAUGACGGGCACGCUAGGGACAAGGGAAUGUUUUCUGUUAUGUUUGGAUAAAAUAGCACCCCGCUAUAACGGGCACGCUAGGGACAAGGGAAUGCGUUCUGUUAUGUUUGGAUAUAAUAGCACCCCGCUAUAACGGGCACGCUAGGGACAAGGGAAUGUUUUCUGUUAUUUACGGGUGCAGUAGAACCUCGCUAUAACGGGCACGCUAGGGACAAGGGAAUGCGUUCUGUUAUGUUUGGAUACAAUAGCACCCCGCUAUAACGGGCACGAAAGGGGAUCCUAAAGAGGUCCGUUAUGCCAGGUUUACUGAUUGGCAGGGCUCGACUGAGCUAUAAAUAGCUAAAACUUAUUUUUAAUGCAUGCAUGAUCAUUAAAUACUUGUGUAUGUCGUUGAAAUACCUUACAAUGACAGAACAUUACUACCAGAAUCGCUAGAAUAUGAGUAGAAAAGAAAAACCAAAACAAUUCCUUAACCCCCAGCAACCGAGAGGUCUAACAUCUUUCCAGCCAGCAAAAAAAACGGGCUGCGGAACAAAUAUUUGGCGGAACAGAUCCGUUUUGUGCCCUUGAAUUGAUCGGGAUUCUUCCGGGCAAUCUUCACAUAGAAGACAACAUUUACUUUGGUUUUAUAAUUAUUUAUUCUUUAAGUAUAUUUGCCUUGAAAAAGGAAUUGUAUAUUCUGUAACAAAAUUACAGUACGACAAUAGAGAAGUACAAAUGUACUUUGUAUUGUACAAAUUAUUCUCUAACUGUUUACAGACAGUUAUACUAGCAAUUGUAUGAGCCUGAUAAUAAAUGCUUCAUCAAA